UCAUGGUAACCAAACCAUUUUAACACCCCUAGCUCGUGCAAGCCUAACUUCCUACGGAGCAAUUUCCCACCGUCCAUUCCUCCCGCAGUCCAAGCCCAGAACGUCGUCAGAAAAUGCGCCAGUUUAGUUCUUCGAAAACAUUCCUCGCCGCCGCCGGCCGUCGCUCCCACUCCAGCGCCGUGAACUCCGCCGGUCUUGUCACUUCCCUCCUCAAAUCUCGGUCGGUAGUCCGCUUCUCCGGCCCCGACACCCUCAAAUUCCUCCAAGGACUGCUCACCAACGAUGUCCGGAGAUUUGGCGAGCCACUGCACGAGCGGACCGCGACAAUCCCCACUCCGAAUAUGCCCGCCGUCUCCGAGCCGCCGAUGUACGCCGCCCUGCUGACUCCCCAGGGCAGGUUUCUGUACGAUUUCUUUCUCUAUAGGCCCGCGAAGGAGGCCGAGAAGCUUGACCCGACGGGUUCGGGUCCCGGUCCGGGCUCCACUGAUUCGACCGAAUUGUUCGCCGAUGUGGAUGCUUCCGCUCUGGAUGAGCUCUUGGGAACCUUAAAAAGGUACCGGCUAAGGUCUAAGGUUGAGAUUGAGAAUGUAGGGGAAGACUUUCAAUGCUGGCAGCGAUUUGGGGGAGAUAUCAGCGAGAAAUCUAGUGAAGUAGAAGAGCCAGGGGCAGCAGGUCUUGGAUGGGGAUCUGGUGUUGAUCUUGCUGGUAUAUCAGCUUCACAUGGCAGUGAUGGUGGAUGCCAAUGGUUCAAGGAUCCUAGACUGGAUUGCCUUGGUUUGAGAGGGAUCUUCCCAACUAAUACAACCCCACCCUUAGUUGAAGCUGAUAAGGAAACAAAUGAGGAGAACUACUUAGUAUGGAGAAUCGAGAAUGGAGUUGCAGAAGGCUCAUCCGAGAUCCCCAAAGGCGAGGCCAUUCCGCUUGAAUUCAACCUCGUGGGAUUAAAUGCGAUAAGCUUUGAUAAAGGCUGUUAUGUGGGUCAGGAACUUGUGGCCAGGACACACCACAGAGGGGUCAUUCGUAAACGCUUGGUUCCUUUGAAGUUUGUUAAUGACGAUGGAAAAGAGGUGGAACAGCGAGUUUCUCUCGGUUCACAUGUGAUUGAUACCAGUUCAGGCAAGAAAAUAGGAUAUGUGACAACAGCAAUUGGCUGCCGAGGGCUCGGACUUUUGAGAUUGGAUGAUGCAUUCAAAGGAUCAGGUUCUUUGGCCUUAGAGGGUCAGAAAGAUGUAAAGGUCGAAGCUUUUAGACCGAAAUGGUGGCCUCGUGAAUGGGUUCCGGAGCAUCAAGAACAGAGUGCAGUAGCUUAGAAUGCUAACAUUGUAAGAUGUAGACUAGUAAAUUCCUCUGGCUCUCAUGUCUUACGAACUAACUCAGACUCUUUAUACUGCUCUGCCACUUUACUGGCGGAUCCCGAAACUUGUUUUGCAUUCCUCUGUUCACAUGGAAAUAAAGUGGUCCCAUAGCUUAGCCAAGAAUUGUUGUACUUCAACUCUCUUCUUAUUGUUUUCUUUCUCCAAAAAACGUGGAAGGUACAGAUCAAUGGAAU